CACCUUGUCACUGAGCUGAGAAGCCACUGCUAGGACUGGGACCUGGGGUCCUCCAGCCACAGAAAGCUGGCGUUUCACCUCACCGAGCAUGGGAACCUGCCUGCCGCCGCAGCUGCGGGAGUGAAUGCUGCUUCUCUCUCACCGGCCCCUACUGACGACAAACAAGGCUGAACCUAGACAGUGGAUGACAUCUGCCCCUGUGUCUUCUGGCCGGAGCCUCUGUCUGCCCCUCCCCCUGCCGGGGCCUGUUGCCUGCCAGCCGCUCCGUGGUGGAGCCCGGUGAUGGUGGGCCCGACUCAGUGCAGAGCGGCACCUCAAGUCCUGAACCCCUGGUUGAGAGCAAAAGGCUGUUCUGCUGUGGGAAAGGAGCGUCAGACACCAGCCAGCACUGGGGCUGACGCUGGGGCGGUGGUAAGGUUGGCAGGGAUGCGAGCCCGAGAGGCUCUGGGGAAAGCUGGGUGCAGGUUCACACGGUAUGAGCUGCGGUCUCCCCCAUGUUUUCCCCGGUGGCCGGGCCUGCACGGAGCCAUGCACGCUGCUGGGGAUGGGAGAGGGGUUUGGAUGGUGCCGCUGCUCUUUCUGCCUGGUCUUCCCCCUUCCUCAGCCUUUGCUGCAUUUGUGCUGUGAGCAGACCACACGCUCCUGCUGGAGUUUCUAGCCAGACGGGCAGCCACUUAGGUUCUGAGAGGGCUCCAUCUGCACUGUGUUGGCUCUGCCUCAGCUCCUCCCAGACACCCCGGGAGGGGCUGGCCCUUCCCUGACUGCUUUCCCCAAGUGCCUCUUGAGAAGCCCACUCAGGUCCUGGGCCCGGGGAUGAAGGUACUGAGCCUUCAGGUGGUCAUCACUCGAGACCCAUGACCUUGGGUUGCCUAGCAAGCGUUGCUGGGCAUUUGCCGUGUAGUGGGCUCUGUGCCUUGUGAUGUGCGUUCAGAAAUGAGUCAGGCCCAGUUCCUUGCCCUCACUCUUGACGAUAGAGGAGACAGAUGUGUGGACACACCAGCGCCCUGGGUUGUUGCAGUAGGUGGAAGCGUGCAGGGAAAGUGGUCAGAUUGGAGCCGCGCAAGUGGGGCUGCCUGCCCACUGGGACCAGCCGGAGGGUACGCUGGUCAGGGAACCCUCCAUUUAAACAGGCUUUUAAACUGGUAAAACUUCAUCUGUUGGUCACUGGGCAGACUGGGAGCAGAGGCUGCGUGUGCAAAAACAGCACGUGUAGUGUCGCAGUGGGGGGAAGCCCCUGCUGGAGCGGAGGGGAGUCAGCAGGAGCUGAGGGGAUGAGGUUGGAGGGGGACGUCAGUGCCAAAUCCACUGGGCCGUCGAAUACCAGGCAAGAAACUCGGACCUGCCUCUAGGAGGCGGCGGGGAGGGGACCUGUUUCAAAGCUCAUCUCAGCGCCGGUGGUGCAGGGUGGCCCGUGAGUAGGGGUGGAAAAUGGAGCAGGACGCUGUGGCUGGAGACCUGCAACAGUGGAUGGGGCUGAAUGAAGACAAUGGCAGGAGGGAGAGAGGGGUUUUGGUGUAACCCAGCCAGGCCUUGGGGACUGGUUGUGGAUAGAGAGGAAGAGGGUGGCGUCUCGGAGGCAAGGAAAUGAGGGGUUUGGGGUUAGGCAGAGCCAGGGGAACUUGUGGUUCCUGACCGGUGUCGGGGGUGGGGGGCGCCUUGGUGGGGACAGGAUGCUGAGCAGGCUUGCGGGAGCCAGUUGUGUCCAGGACACAGAAAGGGAAGUGGUCAGAAGUCAGUGUGCGGCUUAGAUUCUAAAGUGAGCCAGGUCCACACCGUGUGAACCAGGGGCCGGGCAGGAACCAGAGGGCCGCACGGCCUUGCUGCAGGCCUGUGAAGAGUCUCGGUCUCCAGCCUACUGUCACGCUGCAUUUAUUCAUUCAACAAGUGUUUACUGAGCACCCACUGGGUGUCAAGUACUGGGCAUCCUGUAGCCCCUGCCCUCGGGAAGCUUAUGCUCGAGGGGACCAGGUCCCAAGCUUUGCCACCUAACCUGAAAUCCCCGUCAGCCUCAGGGGUGGUGGCAGGGCCUGUGGCGUCCCAGGGCCAGGCUGUUCUAAGCUGCGGGGAGCGGCGUGGGGAAGGCCCUCAGAGCAGGCUCUUCUCAGUGGCCUGCUCUGGGCCCUUUAGCCGGCAGGACCUUCCUGGGAUUACUGAGGUACGGGAGGGAGAGAUGGGGCAGUGGUGGGAGCGGGAGGAGGGGACGAGGCUGAGUGGGAGCGGUGGGGACUCUGGGUGGUGAGGGUUCGGUGACUGUGACCUCUGCUCAGAGCCUCCUGUGUGCCAGUCCCUAGGCACACACGUGUGUACCUUGCCUUACAGGUGAGGAAACCGAGGCCCACAGAGAUGAAGUGAUGUGUCCGCCUAGCAAGAGGCGAGGUCAGGGUCCGAACUGAGACCUGUGCCCGUAACCAGUGAUGGCAGGAACCGGUGUGGUGUGGCCCCUGCUGGUCCAUAGCGUCAGUAAAAUCAAACAACCAGCCUCAGCAUGGAGGUUUCCAGCCUAGCCCUGGCGCUGGUGCUGACGCGGAGCCCCGGAAUGGGCGCCCUUUGUGAGGUGGCCCUGGGAGUUGGCAGCAGGUUCCGUCCUUCUGCCGGGGGAGGGGCGGGCAGAAGCCUGGAGCAGGGACCCAAGUGGAAGAUGGUUCUCGCCAUGCUGGGGGCUCUGUCCCCCAGGGCCGCACUGAGCCUCCUCCUCCUCAACCUCAUCCUGGCGGCUGCGCUCCUCCACCCCCAGCCGCUAAGGCCUCAGCAAUCUGUUCCUGAGGAAUUUUCAGCCCCCCUGGAACUCUCGGAGCCACUUUCUGGCCUGGUGGAUGACUACGGGGUGCGCCCCAAGCACCCAUGGCCACGAGGGCCUCGACCCCUUCUCUCCCGGGCCCAGCAGCGCAAGCGGGACGGGCCAGACAUGGCUGAGUAUUACUACGAUGCACACCUGUGACGGGAACCCCUUAUAAAG